GACAACUUCGCAAGAAACUUUCUGAGAAGACAUGGUGUCGGCUGGCUUUCAGAUGUUGGGCACUGCCCUCGCCAUCAUUGGUUGGAUUGGGGCCAUUGUGGUCUGCGCUCUCCCCCAGUGGAAAGUGACAGCCUUUGUUGGCCAGAACAUUGUCACUGCUCAAAUCACUUGGGAAGGCAUCUGGAUGAGCUGUGUGGUACAGAGCACAGGUCAGAUGCAGUGUAAGGUUUAUGACUCCAUGCUGGCCCUUUCCAGGGACCUUCAGGCUGCCCGCGCCCUCAUCAUCAUCUCCAUCUUGAUUGGCAUCGUUGGCAUCCUCCUGUCCCUCGCAGGGGGCAAGUGCACCAACUGUGUGGAGGAUGAGAGCUCAAAAUCCAAAAUUGGCAUGGCAGCGGGUGUGGUCUUCAUCGUUGCAGGUAUUUUGUGCCUCAUACCUGUGUCCUGGACGGCAAACACGAUCAUUUCAAAUUUCUACAACCCACUUCAAAUUAACUCUCAGAAGAGGGAGCUGGGAGCUGCACUCUUCAUCGGCUGGGGGGCCUCCGCCCUUCUCAUUCUUGGUGGUGCAUUUCUUGCUGCCAACUGCCCUAAAAAGGAUAGCUACUCUUCUGCAAAGUACUCAGCUGCUCGUUCAUCUGCACCGAAGGACUACGUCUAAGGAGAGAAAAGCCAAAGGAGAAGACCAUGAGACUGAAAAAAAAAGACUUUUCAUGUAGACAUGUAUGAUUUGAACUUCACAAUGAGUUUGUUGUACUAAUAAUUUGGUUUGAUACUUUCAUGUGGAGUUAUGAUAGCACUUCAGGACUUGUUUCAUCAGUGGAAAGAUAAAGAAACCACACCCAAACAACAAUAUAUGUGGACUGAGGAACAACAGGCUUUGAUCUGUGCAAGUGAAAAAAGUUGCCAUACAUUUUUCAACCAAAUUGAACAUAUUACUUUGAUGCAUUGUAUGUUUUUUGUCCCUUUAUUUUCUUUCAUUGGUGCCUUUUUACUUAUCAUUUCAUUAUAAAAUGUGUCAACCUGUAAAUAAAACAUUUUUUA